CCGCCAGGCCCCGCCCCGCCCCUCCCAGCGUGCCCCGCCCGCGGAAGCGCGGCCCUGGGGGGCGGGGCCUGCGUGCGCUCCGGCGGGACGGCGGGGCCCGGAGCACAGCCCUGCAAUUGCUGAGAAAUAAUUCCUAGCGUUCUUUGUGACUGCCUGACCCACAACCUGGGAGCAAAUACGCUUGCGCUACAGUUCAACUUAAUCCAAUGAUGUAUUGCUGGAAAAGCAGCUGCAGUGGUUCAGACUUGCAUUUCCUUUUUUUGGGGGAACCAGCGGUCUUCUCUUGAACUCCCAAGAAAUCACCAUCUGGAUGUUUCGCCUUCGAUUUCUUCCCAUUGCAGCAGGGCUGUCUGCUCUUGUGCGGUGUUACCAUGGGAUGGGACAUCACCCCAGGACCAGGCGCAGGCUUGUGGUGGCGGCUUUUAUAGGGACGACUGCAGGAACAGCAAGUGCCAGGUUCCUUUGGCAGAGGGCCUACGCAGAAGACUCGUCCUCUGUAAGACACGAUCCGAGUACAGAGCCGAGCGAGAAGGUGAAGCAGGAGGAGGAGGAGAGCAGCGGCAGUGAAGGUAGAAAGGCUGUUGCAUCGGGUGACGAGGAGGCUCAGCCAGAAGGGAAGAAGAAAAAGCGUUCUGGGUUCAGGGACCGUAAGGUGAUGGAAUAUGAGAACAGGAUCAGAGCCUACUCCACACCGGACAAAAUCUUCAGAUACUUUGCCACUUUGAAAGUCAUAAACGAGCACGGUGAAUCGGAGGUUUUUAUGACACCGCAGGAUUUUGUGAGAUCGAUAACGCCUAAUGAAAAACAACCAGAAAACCUGGGCCUGGAUCAGUUUAUAGUGAAACGCUAUGAUGGGAAGAUACAGGUUAAAUUUUCAUCUAAAUUAUUAGCUGAGCUCAUCCCCACUCUGCAGUCACAUUCAAUGAAAUUAUCCCAGGAGCGAGAGAAGUUUGCCGAUGAAGACAGCAUAUUUUAUGCACUUGGAGAAUGCGGACUCAUUUCUUUUUCUGACUACAUCUUCCUCACGACAGUCCUUUCCACUCCCCAGAGGAAUUUCGAAAUCGCCUUUAAGAUGUUUGAUCUGAACGGUGACGGCGAGGUGGACAUGGAAGAGUUUGAGCAGGUCCAGAGCAUUAUUCGCUCCCAAACCAGCAUGGGCAUGCGCCACAGAGACCGGUCUACAACGGGGAACACCCUGAAAACUGGCUUCAACUCUGCGCUGACAACGUACUUCUUUGGGGCAGAUCUGAAGGGGAAGCUGACCAUCUCCCACUUCCUCGACUUCCAGCGCAAACUGCAGCACGAUAUUCUGAAGCUCGAGUUUGAGCGGCACGACCCGGUGGAGGGGCGGAUCACGGAGCGGCAGUUCGGCAGCAUGCUGCUGGCCUACAGCGGGGUGCAGUCCAAGAAGCUCACUGUCAUGCUGAAGCAGCUCAAGAAGCACUUCCAAGACGGAGAGGGUCUGACGUUUGAGGAGGUGGAGAGCUUCUUCACUUUUCUGAAGAACAUAAAUGACGUGGACACAGCUUUGAGCUUCUACCACAUGGCUGGAGCUUCGCUUGAUAAAGUGACGAUGCAGCAAGUGGCCAGGACGGUGGCCAAGGUGGAGCUCUCUGACCACGUGUGCGACGUGGUGUUCGCGCUCUUCGACUGUGAUGGGAACGGUGAGCUGAGCAAUAAGGAAUUUGUUGCCAUAAUGAAGCAGCGCCUUAUGAGAGGCUUGGAGAAGCCCAAGGACAUGGGCUUCACACGACUCAUGCGGGCGAUGUGGAAAUGCGCCCAGGAGACGGCGUGGGACUUCACCAUGCCCAAGCAGUAGCGGGGCUAGGGGGAAGCGCCUGGCUUCCCUGCCUCAGCCCUGCCACCACCGCCUGCAGGCGAGCGCCGCCGCUGUGGACACCUGUGGAGUGGCACCAGGCUCUGGAGAGCCCAGACUCUUCUUAACAGGAGUUUUUUGUAAAUCGGAAGUCAGAAAUCAAAGCCUGUUGUAUUCACAGCUUCUGCUUGCUGCUGGCCCCAUUAAUAUGCCUCUCUCAGGAAAAAGGACUUUUCUUACUGCCGCCACCCCUGCUUUGUGAUGCGCCCUUCCUGCAGAGCUGGGCAUCAAGCGAGCUGGUCGGGCUGCACCCAAAUCAUUGUCAUUUAACGUUAUUACAAAAUGGCAUGGGGUUUAUUCUAAUUCUGAGAUUGCUCCUAAGAAAGAAGCUGUGGGAUUCCUGGAUAGAUCGUACUGGUCGGACCUAGGAGCAGAGGCUGGAGGAGGCAGGUGCAGAGAGCACCCCAGGAUUUCGUUGGCCAAAUGCUCUGUGCUCCCUGAGGGUGUCGGUGGGUGGAGGGGAUGGGUGCACCCGCAGAGGGGCUGUUUGAGCUGAGGUGCUGCCUCUGGCAUAAGAGCAGUUAAAAGUGGUGGAGCAACCAGCUCUGCUGCCCAUCCUGCCUUGCAUAAGCAACCUGCUGCGGGAGGUCUCAAAUUAUUUCUUUUUAAAUGGAGAGUCCUCUCCGUGGGGAAUUGCUGUUCUGCAAUGGGAACAGGCUGAAAGAUGUUAUUUUCAGAGUGUUGUCCUCUCUGUAAAGUAUCAUGUAAAGAUAUUGCUCACAACAA